AUGGUCACCGCAAAGCAACAAAAGGCGGUCCUCGUGACCGAGAUCGGCAAGCCUGUAGAGCUUGGGACUCGAGACAUUCCCACUCCAGGAGAGGGACAGGUGUUGGUGAAAGUGACCGCGACGAUGAUCCUACCUCACGACACCUAUGGCCGCGACUGGGGACUUCUCGUCGAGGACAGGCUUCCAGCUGUUCUCGGCAACAACGUGGCCGGCGUGAUUGAUGAAGUCGGCCCUGGGGUGGGCUUCAAGGUUGGCGAACGAAUCUUCGGCAUCUCUGGCAAUGUUGCCGCAUCAUCCGAUCAAGCUGGACUCCAAGAAUACGCCAUCCUGAAUGCCGAUGCAAUCGCCCACAUCCCGGAAGGGUUCUCCGAUGCGGCAGUAGCGUCCCUUCCCAUCAACCUCGUUACCUCUGCCGCAGUCCUCUUCACCAAGACUGGUUUCGACAUGCCGGCCCCGUACCUGCCGAGGAAAGACUUCGAUUGCGCCACCGCUAGCGUUGUCAUUGUGGGUGGAGGAACUAAUGUGGGUCAACUUGCUGUUCAGCUGGCCAGUCUCGCCGGCGUCGGCAAGAUCAUCGUCAUUGCGGGCACUUCCAACAGUGCUAAGUUGCAAGCCAUGGGCGCGACUCAUUUCAUCGACCGGCACAGCUCCUCGGCCGAAAUGGUGAAGCAGAUCCACGCAAUCACAGGUCCGGAAAAUGCCACACAGGUGUACUCGUGCGCACCACUGGAUGUGGACUUGGUCAUCGGACUCCUGCCAAAGGACAAACCAUCGACGCUGAAGACCCUGCUGCCAUUCGAGGGCGACGAGGAGGAGCAAUUGGGGGCAUCCCUCCCUCUUUGCAAGUUUGCUUUCGUCCACGACCUGACGAAUGCCAGUUUGGCGCCCAAUGCGGCUCAAUUCUGGGCGAAGGUACCAGAGUACUUGAGGACUGAGAAGCUUCUGCCGGCCGACUUCCAGGUGGUGCAUGGACUAGACGAUGUCAGCGGUAUCAACAACGCAUUGGACCAGUACAGAGACUUCAGCAGAGCUGGAGCGCAGACUGUCGUCUUGAUAUGA